GCGUCGUCGGCGUGCAUCGCAGGGCAUUGUACAUUAUUGUUAUAUUAUCAGUAUUAAAUUUAAUUGCCCCUCUGUCAUCAACAACGAGCCGAGGCCAACGGACUCCACCGACGACAAUCGCCAGUUUGAACUUUUUGUAUAUUGUGAAGAAAAUCAAAGUUUCACAAUUUAUAUUGUUAUUAUUAAAAUUUUUUGACUGUAUCUUCAUCCAACAUCAUGGCCGGCUGAAGACAACACGAUGGGCUCUUGGCGGGCGCAACAAGCCGAAAACACCGACGGCAUCCGGCCAUUCCAUAUCUUUUUCUUCCUAAUCUUACCGUCCAAUUGCUGACCAACUUUAUUAUUAUUAUUUCACCUCGGGCGUGCUCAAGGUGCUCCACCUGAGCCUGGAGCUCUACCGCCUGAGCAGUCGACGGGACCACAAACAAGUCGCCUGGUCAGUAUUCAUCAUUUCUAUCCAAAUUUUUCCAUUUUAUUCAUUACUAUUAUUAUUAUCAAAAUACUAAAUGAGUUGUCAAGAUCAAUAUACCUCCGCUUAAUACCAUUAAAUUUCUAUUUUAUUAACAACAUUUUUUUUUAUCUAAUCCAAAGCCUAUGGGCUCAGCCGACAUAUCAUGUGGGCCGGCUCAUAGGUCAUUGGCCGAGUGUUCCUCUCGGCCAAUGAGUACAUAGUAAGCACGUUUGGAGCCGAAAGGUUACACGGUGUAGGUAUAUUUUAUGAAUAAUAGUAAUUUCGAUUACUUUAGUAUUGUGCAGGUCUUAUAUACAUUAUGUUUUAAUUAGUUGUCCCGAUUGAACGUAUGUGUAUAUUCAUCGACUGGACGGUGUAUACUGGAUUCGGCGAUCACAACAUGUGUUACGUAUUUGGUAUUGUUAGGUUGAACAUCCUAUGACGUCCAUCGUGUACAUUGUAACUAUCAAUUUAUGUGGUAUUUCCAUGAUAAAUAUAAAUGUAUUUUUGAUGUAGAAUUUGACAAGUGGCUAAAUUUAUAAAGAGAAGUUUUGAACAUUUGUUCUUUUAAUUUAAUAAUUAUUUAAAUUACCUAUAUUUAAAAAUAAACGAACGAAGAAAAUAACGAAACAAUCUUUUGAAAACAAUCAAUAUUUAAAAAAAAAAAAUUAAAGAAUUUCAAUAUGUUCCUUUACUUUCAAUAGGAACUCGACUCAAAAAUCAAAAAAAAAAAAAAAAAUCAAAGGACCGCGUUCCUUGAAACUGAUUCCACACCCCUGGGAAAAAAAUGUCUUAUGCCUUUUGUAUACUGUUGUAGUACACAUGGAUGUAAACUCUAUGGAUCUAAACUUCAUUUUCAUACAAUUAAGUAUUUAACCGAAUACGUAUUAACAAUAGUUACAUUCGAUUAAAAAUGAGGUUGGCUAAUAUCGUUGUGACUUAUGUAUAUUCGGUUACUAUGCGACAUUAGAAAUUAACUGAUGCGUACAAGUAAACGAAAAUAUAUUUCAGUUAUUUGAUUAUUUACGGUAAAAUUGCUACGAAUUUAUAUUUUGAAAAUAUUAUUCGUCGCAAUAUAUCUUUCUUUAGAGCUAUUUACUUCAGUGUUGUAGUAUAUCAACUACAUUAAUUUUGCUUCUGCUAUAAGAAUUAAUAUCGAAGGAAAUAUGAGCCAAUACGAAGAAGUCAACGCUGCAGCAUCUGGAGCUUUGAACAGCAAGACCGAAAACAUGCAAGACGAGGGACUUGUGACCCGAAGAACUGUUAAGAAAUACCCGAUGGACCGGGAUCUACAAUCGUGGCGAAAACGUCAAACGCACCAAUCAGGAACACCGAUCACUACAACGAUGACUCCAUCCUUCAACCGAGUGAAUCAUUUUUUCCUACCAAAAGAAGAAGCCAUUGUAUUGCAUACUUCCAAGAACGCAUGGAUUCCUCCAUGCUUAAAAGCGAAAGACACAAACAAUGGUCAACCGUUGAACGAUGAAGACUUGCAAAUAGAAGAUAUUCGAAAAAAAUUCUUGUCAAUUCUCAACAAAUUAUCACCAGGAAACAUGGUCCCGUUGACGGAAACCAUUAUGUCAUUGCCAAUCGAAACAGAAAAGUGCAUGAACACAGUUAUCGAAAUACUAUUUCAAAAAGCCAUAAACGAACCAAGUUUUACUCCACAAUAUGCGUAUAUAUGCACGGGAAUGCACACCAAAGAAGUAAAACUGAACGAUAAGAAGUCAAAAAUAUCGUUUAACAAAUUGCUGACAAAGUGUUGCCAAGAAAGGUUGAAUCAAAUGCGUGUCCACGAACAAACUUUAGCCAAAGAACGUCAAGCAAUAGAUGAUUGCCAAGAUCAAGAUGUUAAGGAUCAGCUGAAGUUCAAAUAUGAUCAGGACGAAUUGGCUUACAGAAAAAAAUCAAUAGGAAACUGCAGAUACAUGUGUGAGCUUUAUAAGGUAGGUAUAUUAACGAAUCGGACUCUGAAAACGAGUAUAAAUUACCUAUUGAAGUCGCCAAAUGAAGAAAACCUUGAAUGUGCAUGUAAUAUACUGAAACACGUAGGAAAAACAAUAAGUCAUAGAGCUACUUUCAAUAAGCUUAAUGAGUACAUGUCUGCGAUUUAUAAGACUAAGAUUCCAACGAGAAUUCGAUUUAUGAUACAAGACAUCAUAGAACUCAAGAACAAUGAUUGGGUACCGAUAAAUGCUCGUCCUAAACAAGAGUAUUGCAACACAAAGGCAUUGUCGAAUACAGAAAAACUCGUACCGCCGGAAUGGAAUGUAGUAUCAAGAAAAAACAUACCACACAACCUGAAAGAGCAGAUACAAAUUAAACUGCCAACAGAAAUUCAAAAGGUCAAUGCGCUUAAAAAUUCUAAAUUACCAAGUAUAACAGAGAAAUGCGAUCUUGAACAGCCAUUGCUACCCAAUAGUUCGAGUGAUGUUGAGAGUAACAAAUCAUUGUUAUUGCCAUGUGGAGGCAAAUUGAAUGAAAAUACAAAAAGAAGCCAUUCAUCGGACGCUGAGGAUAUAGAAAUAGAAGAAGAAAUUCAGAAGAAAUAUCGAGCUAUUCUUGACAAUUUAAGUUCGGAAAAUAUUGUGCCGAUGGCAAAACAAAUUAUUUCGCUACCAAUAAAAACAGACGAUUGUUUGAAAAACGUAGUUCAACUUUUGUUUCAAAAAGCUAUGGACGAACCGAAAUUGACUCCUCAAAUCGCACAUAUUUGUUCACUAAUGAAAGACACGGUAGUGAAAUCAAAAGAUCAGAAAUCCAGUCCUUCGUUUAGAAAACUUUUGAUCGAUAAGUGUCAAAGCGCGUUCGAGGCAAUGUUUAACCGUAAGCAAAUUGUAACCAAAGACCGCAACGAAGUCGAAUCCUGUAAAGAUAAAGAAAAGCGAAAAUUACUUCAAUCGAAGUUCGAUCAAAAAGAAUUGGAUCAUAGUAGACGAUCUAUUGCAAACUGCAGAUUUAUAUGCGAACUCUUAAAAGUGAACAUUUUGGUGCCUUCCAUACUAGAAAUGUGUGCGGCACGACUCGUACAAACUUCAAAAGAGACAUCAAUCGAAUGCGUGUGUGUUAUACUGAAAAACGCCGGAAACUCAUUCGACUUUAGUGGCAUAAUUGAGAAGCUACACGAGUACUCGAUUGCUCAUAAACAGAAAUUGUCCUCGCGGAUGCAGUCUAUGAUUCUGGAUACGCUAGAGCUAAAUAAUAGUGAUUUGAUAUGACGUAAAAACGGUGAAAAAUCUCGUUUCAAUCUCAAUGUUCAUUGGACGAGGUGGAUGAAAGAAAAUUUACACAUUCGCCCAUUGGAGAUAUAGAAGAACCUACGUGACAAAAAUUGUGUUUUAUAGUACAAAUAGUUUUCAUCAACUGAUACAAUCGGGGAUGACGUGGGUGCUUGUCGAUUUUAUAUCCUCAGUCGCCUUCAGUUUUAGUGAAAAGCAAACUUAAUCAUUAGUUAUGCCUAUUCAUAUUUUUACUUUUCAUUAAGAACAGGGUAAAAAUCAUCUGUAAUAAACAUGGUUUAUCCAUGAAUAAUAAGGAUAGGAUAUUGUUACUCUUUAUUCUUAGUCACUCGAGCAAUGUUUUAUGUUUUUGAAGAGCGAUCAAGCUAUUUUGCAGAACCGUAACUUUUAUGGUAUUUAUUAUUUAUCGAAUAUUACUACAAUAUUCAGAUAGUUAAAAAAAAAAACCAUAAAAAUAUUGUUGGGUGUAGUUCGGUAUUUUCGUGACAUAGGCAAUUUCAUGGUAUUAU